UCUCUCUUUUUAAGCCGCCAGCCUGGUGGAUUGCCGUUGGCUUGCAGGAGCCACCAAUGAAGAGGAGGUUCCUUCCUGGGCUGUUUUGGGAAGUUAUUUUCUGGGGUUUUUUUCUUCCAGUUGUAGCUUCUUCAGGUUGGACUUGUAGACCGCAGUGCUGCGGGAUAACCAGGGGUUUCCCUUCCCUCUGUCUUAUAAGAACAAGUCCCGCGAUCAUUUUCUGCUCUGUAUUACUAAGUGUGUGACCUGGCCGGCGAUGGAUUUAAGUAUAUAGAAGCGGCGAACGAUUUAAAACAAGUCAAUUCGGGAGAUUGGAGUCUCCUCAUGCACUGUCUCCUGCCCGGUAUAUUGCGUUUAUCUGCCUUAAAUCGCUUAUGGCUUGCCCUUGGUGAAGUAUAAGGAUAGAAGGAAAACGAGUUUGCCUGCUACAGAUUACUGUUUUUAAGUACAGAGAGCAGGGAGUAUGUAGAGAAUCAGAUACAACUGAAUUCUCUUCGGAUGCCCCUGAAUGGGAAUGUGUGGAAGCUGAAGGCACAGCAUGAUAGCCUGUUGAGUGAACGGGCUUCUGCAUCGUGAGAAAGUGGGAGAAGUAGUCCCCUCACUCCUUUAGGCCUUCCUGGAGAUCUGUCCCUUCUCCUUAAUGCAGGAUAUCAUGUCUCAGGAAAGCAAGCAUGGGAAAUGGACAGUGUCCAGUAGUGAUGACAGUAUGGAUGAGUUAGCUGAUUGUGACAAGCCCUCUACCUCUGUGAUGCAGAGAGGCCGGGAAAGUAAAGAGAGGGCCCCCCCUUACUCUUGCUCAGAAGCAAGGAAAGCUGCUCACAAGAGAAAAAUGUCUCCUCUGAAAUAUAUAGAUGGAAACUUUCUACAGGAGGAGGCCUCCGAUCAGAAACAGAAACCUCCCCGGGAAGACUCUGGCUGGUGUCUUUCCAGCAGUGAAGAUGAGGAUCUUAAAAGCCCAAGCGGAAACAGAGAUGCAGUAACCACAGCCAGAAAAGUGGAGAGUGGUACUCCUGUGGAGCUAGCAACAGCUUGUAAGACUUCAUCACGUCACAAGUUUGCAGACACAUCUGAAGUGCAGGAUACGUGGGAUCUUUUGAAUGGGCAGAACCCUUUCAGAUUCUUCCUCACUAAAGUCAAAGGAAUUAAGUCAAAGUACAACUCUGGAGCCCUUCAUAUAAAAGAUAUUUUAUCUCCCCUUUUUGGGACUCUUAUAUCAUCUGCUCAGUUUAACUAUUGUAUAGAUGUGGAAUGGCUGGUCAAACAAUAUCCAAAGGAAUUCAGGGACAAACCUUUAUUAAUAGUCCAUGGAGAAAAACGAGAAUCCAAGGCACAGCUGCAUGAAGAUGCUCACCCGUAUAAAAAUGUUCGUUUAUGCCAGGCGAAGUUGGAUAUUGCCUUUGGAACUCACCACACGAAAAUGAUGUUGUUGAAUUAUGAGGAAGGCCUUCGAGUGGUGAUACAUACAUCCAAUCUUAUUGAGGAAGAUUGGUACCAGAAAACACAAGGAAUAUGGCUCAGUCCUUUGUAUCCAAGAUUGCCUCCUGGGAGUGCUGAGUCUGAUGGUGAAUCUCAUACACAUUUUAAAUCUGAUCUAAUAAGCUAUUUGAUGUCUUAUAAAUCUGCUACUCUAAAUGAGUGGGUUGAAAUAAUUAAGCAACAUAAUCUUUCAGAGACAAGAGUAUAUCUUAUUGGGUCAACUCCAGGUCGAUACCAAAGUAAUGCAAAAGAAAAAUGGGGUCAUCUUAAACUGAGAAAGCUUCUGAAGGAACAUGCAACACAAAUAACUGAUCAAGAUUCUUGGUCUAUAAUAGGACAAUUCUCAAGUAUUGGAUCUAUGGGAGUUGAUCAGUCCAAAUGGCUUUGUUCAGAAUUUAGAGAAAGUUUGGGGACUUUAGGAAGCAGUAUGAAGACUCUCCCAAGUGAAGUUCCUAUCCAACUGAUUUUCCCAACUGUGGAAAACGUGAGACAGAGUUUAGAAGGUUAUCCAGCUGGGGGUUCUCUUCCGUAUAGUAUGCAAACUGCACAAAAGCAACUUUGGCUGCACUCUUACUUCCACAAAUGGUCAGCUGAAACUUCAGGUCGCAGUCAUGCAAUGCCACAUAUUAAGACUUACAUGAGAGUAUCUCUGGACUUCCAGAAGAUUGCAUGGUUUCUAGUGACAAGUGCCAAUCUUUCCAAGGCUGCUUGGGGAGCUUUUGAGAAAAAUGGCACCCAGCUGAUGAUCCGAUCAUAUGAACUAGGAGUUCUGUUCCUGCCUUCAGAAUUUGGCUUGAAUACAGGGUAUUUCCAAGUAAAGGAAAACAUGUUUUCUGAUACAUCAGUAUUGUCAUUUCCUGUUCCUUAUGAUCUGCCCCCUGAGAAGUAUGAAAGCAAAGAUCGCCCAUGGAUUUGGAAUAUUCCAUACACCAAAGCUCCUGAUACACAUGGCAAUAUGUGGGUUCCUAAAUGAAUAGUUUAUUUAGCAACUUUAUUCUGAGUCACUUGAAUGCUUGUAAGAUUUUAUGGUUUAUAUACCUUUUAUUAUAUAUCUGUACACUUGAUAAAACAUAUUUGAAUAAAAUAAAAUACUUCUGGUCAUUAUUACCAGCAGCAUUUUUGGAGAAAAUAACUGCUUUGAAGAUUAGCAGUUCUAAAUCUCAUGAUAAAUAACAUGCUUUUGAAGUUACACAUAUACAGGUAGUCUAGUUUAGUCACCAUAAUUGGGACCAGCAACUUGGUUGUUACAUUAGUUCCUAACUUUUCGUACACAGUAGAGUUAUGGGGAAGAGGAAAAAAGUGUUAAU